AUGUCGCUGCUUUCUGGUAUGUGAGAAAUUUAAAAUUUUAGUUUAAUUCAUGAUAUUUUCAAGGUUUUGUAUUGUGAUUUUUGGGGGGAUUUUUGUGUCAAAUAGCAAAUAGGCCUUGAGGCUUUUGUUUAUAUAUUUUUAAUAUUCUGUAUUUUUUGAUAAGGAUAUAAUACAUUAAUACAGGCUAGUGGGUAGUUUUUAAGACAGUUUUAGUAUUCAUUGUUUCUUACUUUAAAGUACUUUUGUCUUUGGUACUUGAUAUAUAAAUAAUGUCAAAUUAUAUGAACAUUGAACAGGUUUAAGAGUUUACUAUUCCUACUUUCAGGUCUUGAUAAUCACGACAGAAACCCAUGUAACAAGUGGGGGCGUUAUUCUUCCGAAAAAACUACAGCGGGAGACUAUUCUGGUAAUCCUGAAAAUGAGUAAGUUCAUCAUUGUAUGCGUAUGUUGUUUAACAUACUAUUUAAAACACAAGCAGGAGUGUUUUGUCAGAAAUAAAGCACAAGAGCACAGCUCGAGUGUUUUCAAAGGUUCCAACCCUCCCGAUAUGAAAGCAACCCUCCCGGCCAAAGCAAAUGCCUCCGCCCCGAAUGAAAAUAUGAAAAUUUGUCUCUGAUCGAGGGGAAAGCGCUGGUGCUAAAUGAAUAAUAAACCAAAGUUGAUAACUCAUGAUGUAUAUUUUUAUUCUAAAACAGUGUUGUUCAGUUGAUCACAUUGUCACCAACAUAUCAGCCUACAACAACAAGAUGUAUCCUUUUAUGUUGAAAUAGUUCUACAUAAUGAAAAAAAAUAACACAUGUGGAUGCUUCUGUUAGGUACCCCGGGCUAAUGCUGUGACCAUUUGUUCUUUAUUUGCCACAUAGAGAAAUGAGGCUUGAAAUUUUAAAUUUUCAGCACUGUCCAAGAAUCUGAUAUCAGGGUCUGAAAUUUAAAUUAGGCAGUUGCGAUAUUGAAAAAAAUCGAUAUAUCGAUAUAAAAAAAAAAUAUCGAUAAUAUCGACUAUAUCGAAUUAUGCAAAUGAGAAAACAUAAUUUAGUCAACUUGCAGGUAUACGCAUCACAAACAGUUAAAAAGAAGCGCAUGAAACCAGUCGUGGUACGUCUCAAAGAUUUUAUAACAAUGGUUUAUCCGUCAACUCAGCUUUUAAUUUCAAUUGUACACGCACUUGCAUCAUAAAUUCGCAAUUGCUGCCAUACACACUUUGUCUAAACUUCACCGAUGAAAACAAUAAUUGCCAAAUAAUCAGACAUUAAGUUGUUUAGUUACAACUUUCGAUAUUUUUGAUAUGCGAAAAAUUGAAUAUUGAAUAUUGAUAUUUUUGAAAUAUUGAUAUUUAUCGAAAAUAUCGAUAUAUCGCAACUGCCUAAUUUAAAUAUCUUUUCAGUAUCCAACUGGGAUUCCAAGAUUCAAAGUUUAGUAUCCCUCCUGAGAAUGCAGUAUCCCACUUCUGGAUACUGGUUACCAUAAGUAUUCUACCCUGUCCCAUCCAAUAACUCUCGCUGUUACAAAUUACAGUAACAACAGGAGAUUCAAUGUUCAGUCAAGUUGUCAACAACUAGACAAUUCAUUAAUCCACAAAAAUGCACAUUAUAUGAGGAAAGGCUUGGGUGGCAAACUCAUAGUAUUCAAAAGCUAUCAGGAGACUGUCAGAGGUGCUUAACAUUUUCCUAAUGUUUGAAAUUUUCUUAGUAUCCAGUUGGGAUAUAAGUCAUUCACAGUUUGAUAUCCAAAACCAGAUUUUAGUAUCCCGUGGAUAUCGGGAUACUGCAAAUUUCAGACCCUGGAUAUCCACCCAGUAAAUCUACUAUCAUACACUUGGAUAAUAGAUCAGCAGUAACCAAACACUGAAAUAAUUAAGGCAAAACAUGCAAAUUUGUAGACAAGCUCUUGGGAAGUUUGCUUUGAAUUUUAGGUUAACAUAGCAGGGUUUGUAGCAGUCUUUGAAAUCCUUGAAAGUCUUUAAAUUUGAAUGCAGGUCUUUAAGGUCUUUGAAAAGUCUUUGAAUUGUGUGAAAAAGCGAAGAAAGUCUUUAAAAGUCUUUAAAAUUAAUUCUUUAGUGAGUAUUUGAUUAUACAAUUCCCUAGCUAAUAAAAUAGAUUGAUUGAAGAGCAAGCAAGGUUUUCGCAAAUAUCGACGAAAAGGUACAUUUUUAGAUGUGAUGUGGCGGGACUAAUUACUGGGCAAAAAUGGUGCUUAUACACUCGCAAUUUUUCGACAGCUGAUUGCUGUCAAAGGUCUUUGGAAAUAGGCAGAAAAAAUCUUUGAAAGUCUUUGAAUAUUUUUGGUCUUGGAGGCAGGGAUGGAUCCAGCAUGGUCUGGUAGGGGGGGGUGCUCUGCCAAAAAAAAUUUCCCCCCCCCCCAUCGACAACUUUUUAGGGAAAUAUUUUUUCCAGACGAGUACGUUGCAAUUGCUUUCCAGUGACUUUACACAUCCAUCAACUUGCUUAAUUUAACCACUGCAAAGUCUAGCUACAGUAUUUGAAUUGUAAUUGUUGUUCACAGUUCACUUAUCAUCAUGUUAUUACUCAAAUUACUGAAUCUCAUUUUGUCUCUGAUAAUUUUUUGCUUUAUCAUGAAAAAUAGCACCCCCCUGGCCAGGGCUAGGAGGGGUGUGAACCCCCCCCCCCCGCACCCCCCAGUAAAUCCAUCCCUGCUUGGAGGCUACGAACCUUGCCUAGGAUUAAGCUAACCUAGCUUUGAACAACCGGCCCCAGGAAAAGAAAACCUUAACAUGAAAGAAAAACCUUAACAUCAUUUAGCUUUACGAAACCUUAGACAGCAGAAGCAAAAAGCAAUAGAGAUCAUUGAUGAUAAAAAUGACAGUAAGCUUGAUGGAUUUUAGUAAUAAAAAGUCAUUUUCAGUAUAACAUUGAUUCUCUUGAAUUUUAUUUAUGAUUAUUGAAUUUUAUUUAUUUAUAAAAAAAAUGCUUUUUAUUAAUACAGGCAAACUUCGGAGCAACACUGAUAAGAAUCCCAAGGUAGGUUUCUAUUAGAUGUAAAAAAAUAAAGUAUUCUGGUUAUUGGGAUUAUCCAGAAUUGAUUGGGUGAUACAGGCUUUGUUUUCCUUCCUUUUUCCCCCUUAAAAGUUAAGGAGGGUCUUGUUUGUAGAAAUCCAUAUUUUCAAUAUUUGAUUUACAUUAUUGAAAUUCCAGGAUUACACAAAGAUAGAAAAUUCUUUAUAAUUUAAUAUAUCUCCAUAUUUACAAUUUCGUCUGCAGGAUUUUCAUGCACAGACAUCUAACUUCACUAUUCCCAAGACAAAGAAACAAACAAGAAAUGGAAAAGCAUGCAAGGAAUCUCCACAAGGAGAGCGUCUACAAAGUAAUGGUCAUAGAAAAGUGCCGACGCAACUUCAACUUAUGCCCGACGCUCAGGGUAGAGCUACCAAACGUACCAAUGCGAGUGAAGGUAAAACACCAAAAAAAUUAAGAAGGUCAUGGGCACAUACGCCAACACCUAGACGAUCUGAUGAUGAUGUUUCUCCUCGACAAAAUGAUGGUGGUAAUUGUAGCCCUGAAAAAGUUAGUCCACCAGGUAUGUGUAUGUAUAUCUCACAUGAUUUCAUGAUCAUAUAUUGAGAACAAAAAACCCUAUACUCAGAGCCUGAAAUAACGAUCGGACAUCGGACAUUUUCCGACCAAAAUAAUCAGUGUUUCCGAACAAGUGCUAAACUAAAGAGUUUAGCAUUUGCACAUGAUGUCACUACGAGUCAUUAGGCACCAUCUUGGUUGAUUUUACAGCCAUUUACAGCGAAGUAGUUGAGUUAAUGAGUCUGGUUUGUUUUGAAAACAUGUUACUGUAUUAUGGAUAGUUUAUGGUCUCUGGCUCAAUACCACAAAGAAUGAAGAAUAAGAAUUUUAUAGUUGCCGCAUGUAUUUUGAAAAUCAUCCAAUAUGGCGUCGAUUGCAAACGAGCAAUUGGUCAGAUAUUUUUGUCCAGGUAGCCAUUAACCUUCUUGAAAGGCUGGGCUAACCAUUUAAGAUGCAUGCAAUCCUCCUGCAAAGAACAUUAAUUUAAAUAUAAAAGAUUUAACUAUACUUGGCUGGUGUAAGUGGCAUAAAGUAUUGUUUAUAUAUUGGCUUAAUUUACCCAACAAAGGCAGGCAUUAAAUGAAAAUGGAAUCGAAAAAACGUCCGACCAAGUUUGAAACUUUCCAAUCAAAUUUAAUUUUGGUCGGACAUUUUUCCAGACAAAUUUUGAACGUUAUUUCAGACUCUGAAAAUCAUUCUAAACCAUGGGCGGAUUUCGACGGUUAGGGGUGUUACCCCCCCCCCCCUAGAAUCUCUCUAACCCCUCUUAUAAAGUGUUAAACCCCACCAAAAUUUCGCUUCACCCCUCCUAUUUUGUGUGAAAGUCUUUAACCCUAACGCCUAACCCCAGCUGAAGUUCACUCAGUGUUGCUGCUUGCACCCCACUAGAAAUUUUCCACCCCUCUUUUAAAAAAAUGAAAAUCUUCCCUUGUUCUAAACUAUUCUGCCUGGAGUUCGAGUAAGUGCCAGCUUAUGCAGUGUUACCGUAGUAGGAAAUAAGAAGCAUUCUUUUCACAUACAAAUGAGGUGAAAUUGUUACCUGGCAAACCAUAUAUUAUAGGAAUUGAUCACAGAUUAGAGAACAACAACAACACUACAACUAAAUCAUAUACUAAUGAUAUUUUCUGUGUUGGUGCAAUGUACUCAGGUGAAUAAGAUGCUUGUGAUGUUACUCUGAGUGUAUAUCCACACCGGGCAAGCUUGAAAAAUGAAAAACAUUGCACCAACACAGAAAAUAUCAUUAUUACUAGAUUACAUUGAUGUCGAAGGAACUAGAUUCUGUUCCGAAGUAUCACAUACUCGAACCGACCAGACCGCGUAGCUCAGUUGGCAGAGCAUUGGGCUAGCAUUCCAAAGGUCGUAGGUUCGAUUCCCACCGUAGUCAGGCAUAUUUUUCAAGCUUGCCCGGUGUGGAUAUACACUCAGAGUAACAUCACAAGCAUCUAAAUCAUAUACUGUUUGUUUGAAGGCAAAACUAGUGAUCCUACGUUAAUGACUACUUCCUUUCACUCAUUUAGAUAAGCGCAGAGUCAAUUUUAAUCGUUUUCGCAAAACAUCUUUGGUGAAGGAUAUGGAAGUUCAUAUUGUAGACCUAAAGAGCAGCCAAGAAACAUCAGAUGAACAAAUGAAGAGUCCUGAAGGUAAAACAGGGAAGGAAUCGUCAAGAUUAACCGAAACACGCAAAUCUCAUUGUGGUGAAGAAAUACGUUGUCCACUCUGUAAUGAUAUUGUUACUGAAGCAGGAUGCAUCACUUGCCCGAAGACUAGCGAUGCAGAAUCACCUGAUGAUGAAGUGUCACCAGAUGGAUUUUUGAUUUCUGCUAAGAAGAAGAAUGAGGAAUCCCCGGGAUCUGGAUUUAGAAACGAUACUUCAGAAACUGAUGAAACACAAACAGAACGUAAAGAACAAGUAAAUAUUUUCUCGUCAGAAUCUCAAGACAGUGAUUUUGUUGAAACAUCAGACGUUCCUGGUUCAAAUAUCACUCAAGAUGAUUUAUUUUGUCCCCUCUGUAACGAGCCAAAAUCAAAGAUUGGUUGCGGAUGUUCUGACCAAAGUGAAGGACAUUCAGCGUCAAAAACUUUAGGGUUUUAUUCCAGAACUAGAAUCAGUGUUCUUCACAGGAAAUACGAAGGUGG